AUGGUACCGCAAGGGCCGCUGAAGCGCCUAUCCACGCGGCGAUUGGUGGCAUUGGCGGUGGAGCGGGCGGGGGAGGUGACGUCGCGGGAGGCACAGGAGGUUCUAGAAGCGGCGCUUUUGCGCCUAGCCCGCGCGGAAUACGAUUGGCUCGUGGCGACUAUUCAGACGGUCUCCGCAUCUGUAGCCGCUACAGCCGCCGCCGCAGCUGUAGCGGCCGCGGAGGCGCGACGGCGCGCGCGGAGGAAGGCGCGGGGGGAAGGGGAAGUGGAGAAUGCUACCGGGGGGUUUGAUUUCGCGGGGUUGAGUGCGCUGGCUUUCGGGGUAACAGGCGCGUCCGAGCAAACCCUAGCACACGUGGGCCCGUUGCCUCCGGUAGGGUUGGAUCCGUUACAAGUAGAAGAAGUGUUUGUACUGGGGCUGGCUAUGUGGGUGGAGUUUUGGAAGGAGUGGGGGAAGCCGCCUGUGCAGCACGGGGCAGGCGGAGCCGAAAUGGUUGGCACUGGCGGGGGAGUGGGCGGAGGCGGAAGGGGCAGCGGCGGCGGAAGCGGGCUCGAGGGCCAUGGCGGGCUGGGGCUGGAGUCCCCCGUCGGGGGAGGGGGAGCAGGCGGGGGGAACGUGGGAAUCUGGAGUCCGGUCAAGGAGGAAAGUUUUGUUCCAGGAUUCGGGAAUCAUGAUGCGGCGGGGGGGAUCAGCGGAGGGGGCAAUGGGGGCUUCCGUAACGCAACGUUUGUGAUGGUGAUAGUAACGGGGGAGGAGCGGACGGGGGAGGUGGGAAGGAUGGAGGGAGUGAUUGGAGUGGGGAAGGGGAGAGGGGGAGGGGGGGGAGGGAUGGGGCUGUGGGGUGGGGUGGAGGCGAUACAAGAGGAAGAGGAAUUUGGGGAUCUUGAUUUAGGGGAGGAGGAGAAGAUAUUAGGAUUUUCCUCAGGUGUAAAUGACAGCAUUGUGAACAGUGUCGACGUUGAGACUGAAACGGAUGAAGGAAGCCGACCAAAGCGAGAGCGUAUGGUGACGAUUGUUGAACCUUUAGAGAUUGAUGACCCUGCAGGUGCAGAAGAUAAGGAUGUGACAAUGAUGAAUGGGUAUCACUAUAACGAGGAUUACCAUACCGAGGGCUCAGGUCUGGGUGGUGCUUCGGUGGUAGGCUCGGCGUUCGAAGCUACGUUACGGGCCGAGGCGGGGCGGCAGCUACAAGACAAACUGCUGGAAGAGAUUCUAGAAGCUUCCAGUGGGCGGCAGAUUACUGUAGCAACCCCUGGGCCUAUGACUGCGGCAGCACGAGCAAGGGGCGUUGCAGCGGGGGGCAGAGGAGGAGAAGCAGGGGGAGGGAUGAUAGGGAGUGCGGAGGCAUCUCAAGGGGUGGGGUCCGGUGCGAUUGGCCAGGAGGAAGCGAGGCUGGGAGGUUUGGCAAAGGAUGGUCGGGAGUUUCGCAAGAGCCGAAGCAACAUCGGGAGGCUCGGAAGCAGUAGGUUUUGUGCCGAAGCUGCUGUGUUGAGCAGCACCGGUGGUGGGUAUGGGAUCCGCACAGGGAGUGGCAAUGGUUACACUAGUGCUGCUGCAGCGGGAGCAGAUGGGGCGAGCAGCAGCAGUAGCAGCAGUGCCAGCAGUAGCAGCAGUAGUACUGACGCUAGUGGGUUAUGGGGAGGGCCUGGGAGUAGUAUCAGCACAGUGAGUACUAUAAGUACUGUUAGCACUUUCAGUGUGGGAGUUGGUGUUAGAGAGUCGGAUAUGAUUACAAAUAUGAUGGGUAGAAUGGGGAUAUCCUCUGAAAGUGGUGCUGCCCUGGGGCUUGGUUCGGCCGGACCUGCCAGCUUGGCUCCUGGCUUGGUAGCGGGAAUCAUGGUUGCAGGGCCGGGAGGCUCGGUGAUGGCAGAGGAGCCAGUUCCGAACCCAGCGCCGCUCCACGUGGAUGUGGUUCGGUUGUUAGGCUUGGCAGCAGCUGCGGCGGGCCACCAGCCUGCCACCGCAGCUGUCUGUGUGCUCCGGCUGCUGGACAGGCUCGGGAAGCAGGACUGGGAGGCUCGGUACGGCAAGAAGCUGGAGGCUCGGCACGGCAGGCCCGGCGGCCGAGCCGAGCACGGAGGCUUGGAUUCAGACGAAGAGGAGGAGGAUUCGGAGGAUGAGGAUGAAGAGUCGCUUAGUCCUGGGAGAAACAGGCCGGGCGCGAGCUACGCGGCUGGUUAUGGUGGGUAUGGGGGGAAUGCGGGGUAUGCGGGAUAUGGGGGGUAUGGGGAUGCUGUGGCUGCGCCUACCCCAACGGGGCAAGUGUCGUUUAUCAAGUCGUUUGGGGGCGAUGAGGAGUUUGCUGCUCUUCUUGCUGGCUCUGCUGGUGGCAGUGCUAUGGGUUUCUCUGGGUCCACUGGUGCGGGAAUGAUAGGUUAUUCCCCUCGAGGAGCCAUGGGUUAUUCCCCUACCAGCAACAGGCGGUCGCAGUGGGGAAUGGGGGGCGACGUGCAGGGGGGGAUAGGAGAGGGCCGGACGGGGAGCGCGGUGAGUGGCGGUGGAGAGUGGUUGGGUGAGGUGGGAGGGGGGCUGGAGGAAGCUGCUUGGCAGACGGCGUUGUUGGUGUCUUCCUCGGCUGGAGGUCCGGGGCUGUUGGUUCUCCUCAUAGCUACCGAGGCGGCUCGGUUGCCGAACCUAGCCCCAGACGACCUCUGGCUGCUGGCAGACCGGUCCGAGGAGCUCAGGCUCGGCGAGGCUUCGGUUCGGAUCCGCAUCCGAGCCUGCGCUUCGACGUAUGAUGAUCCUGAGGGGGUGAGGGAGACGGUUCGGCUGGCUCUGGUUCCCAAUGGUGCCGAACCUGUUCCGAAGCGGAUUGCUAGGCUAUUAGCAGCUGCUAGGUUCGCGUUGCUCCGGGCACGGACAGGCUCGGCAAGGAGGGAGUUUGCUUCGGUGUUUGGUUCGGCACUGCUGGAGCCAAUCCAGGGGGACGAAGAUGAGCAAGAGGUGGAGAGAGAGGAGGGAGAGGAGGAGGAUGAGGAGGAGGAAGGAGUGAGGGAGGGGAGGUGGGGAGUUGGAGAGGAGGAGUUGCAAGAGACGAAGUUACUGUGUGCGAAGGUGAUUAUGCGCGUGUCUAUUGAACCGCUGCUGAUGCAUGGCUUGGAGAGUGGGGAGAGCGAGGAGAGCGAGGAGAGCGCGGGGAGUGAUGAGGAGAGAGGGAGUGGGGAUGACGGGAAGGGCAGUGGCCGUGUGAGGGAGAGGGAGAGCGGGGUAGGAGAGAGGUGUGGGAGGAUCCAAGAAGAGGCAGAGGAGGAGGGGGAGAAUGAAGAGGGAGGGCAAAUGGGAGAGGAGAAGAAGGCAGAGGAGGGGAAGGAAGAGGGGGGGACGGCAGCAGGUCGUUAA